AUGCGUGAGCUGCGCAAACAGUCGGCUAGAAAUUACCUUCAUUUUCCAGCAUGGCCACGUUCAGUGUUUUCGUGGCGGGACCAAUUUGCGGUAGUGAUUGACGUUACCAUUGCUCGUAAUCAAUGACUAUAUUGGCCUGUAAAACACCUCUGAUGAAGUUUUUGGUCGAAUUAUAGAUUAUUUUUCUUGGAAAUGAGGCAAUAUUCCGAUAUUACCCAUGGCCUAAUCUGCAAUAAAAAUAUUUGAUCGUAUAACAUGUCUCCGAGGGUAUCUUUGACAAAUCACUAACGAAAUUUUAUUUUCAGGCUACAACAGGCCCUUGAAGCCAGUGAAAACUAUGUUUGUGCCCCGCAAUCUCGUCUUCAAUGCAUCUCCGAACUCCGCAAUGUUAUCCAUCAUUGUCGCGACUUCUCGGGGAAAUUUCUGGAGGAAUUGGACCUAAAAUCUGCCGAUGAGUAUGCCAAUACUGCAAUCUUGGAGAUGGCUGACGAAAACCAACUGGAUAUUCGAGAAGAUCAGGUGGAAGUUCAGGCAUUGAAGGUAGGUGGUAGUGUUGAAGGCUUUAUUGAUUUUUAGGGAAAAUUGAAGUUGUUUUGGGAUCAAGUUAUGUCUGUUAAAUAAAUCGAAACUCAUACUUUAUAUUUUAGGCUCUCUGGCAGUUUAUGUUCAUCCACAGAUCGGAAUCACUUCGAAAUUUAGCUUUGAGUCACCUGGAUACCAUGAACAAGUUAAUUUCCUCAUCUAAAUACCUGUCGGCCACAGCCGCAGCAAGGUCGACUCUCUUCCAACUGCUUCGACACAUCUUAAACACCAAAAAAAUCACAGUAAAGCUUCAGGAUGUUGAGGUGAAUCGUGAAAGUUACGGGGAGAAGUCAAACAUUCAAAAAGUAUUUGAAGGUGGAGCGGGUGUUGAAGAUUUGGAAAGGUUGAAAGCUCAAGCAGAGUUUAUGUUGAAUCAGUAAGUUUUAUUUAGUGCUUCAUUAUUUCGUUCUUAGGGAUUGACGGAUUUUUUACGAGGAUAAUUGACCUCAGGGAUGUGUAAUAUAAAUUGUUUCGUAUGAAAUUUCUGAGACCUUUUGGAAAUCAAUGGUUUAUUACUGGAGUUAAAUCAAGUCUUUUCCAGACUCUAUCGCCUAAAGAAGCUCCCCGAAGAUCGUCGGUUUUUGAUGAAAAUCCUUUGCGAAAUGGCUGACAUCAUUGGUAGAGAAGCUAACGAAUCGCCCAAGAAACCGCCAAAUAAGCGUCCAAAGUCGCUUAAAGAUGAGCUGGAAGGCGAUGUUGAUGACAAUGAAGGUGAUGAGAACCAAGAACAACGCGUCAGUUAUGACUUUGAAGUUUUCGAAGGUGAAAUUGGUGAUCAAGUGGAACAUAAAGUUGACAAUCGACUGGAAAAUGAGGUGGACAUCAAUUCGCCAAUGAGAGUGACGUCAUUGAGGGAUGAAUUGAAGGUGGGUUGGAUUUUUGGGGUCCUUUUUUUGUUUUUAGGGUAUUUGACGAAGUGUCACAAAAAUUAUGGAUUUUUUAAAAUGUUGGAUAAAAUCUGAAUAUAUGUGAAAAAAGAGGUGGUGAUGGUAGCCGACGUAUUUUAAAAUAGUAUAUUUCUGCUUCUUUCUUCCAGGCCGCGCUAACCAAACGAAAAGCCGAUUUUGAUCAACGUCAGCUGGCGGCGUUGGCACGACUCAAAAAUUGCACUGUCGAAGAGGUUAUUCGGCAAGAAAUGGAACGUAAAAAUGUUGCGGCUCCUGUUCAACCUCAAGAACGGGUGGUUUAUGCACCGCAACAGCGACUAAACAUAUCGGCGGCUGAUCUGAUGGCCGCGAUGAAAAGUCGUCCGAAAAUUGACGCACUCGGCGAUAUUGAAGAGUAA